AUUUCUUGCUACUUAGUGUACAGCAUCUGAGUUCUGUGAGCAGCCAACUGCAAGUCGACUGUUGGGCUUGGGAAAUGCUGGCCCAUCACUUCUAGUGGAGGAAGCUCGCCGGUUGGCAGGUGAUUCAGAUGAAGCUUUCAUAACUUCAUGCUUGAGUAUUUUCAUGAAGACUUCAUCUUUUGCAGCAGUUAACAAUCCAAAAGUUGAGGAAGUUGUUUUUGCUGCCACAGAGAAAUUAGCCAGUGCUGCUUUCCUUGCUGCUCAGAAAGGAGACCUGAUGUCAGUUGCAGUAAAUAACUUCUUAGUUUACUUAGGACUUAUCAAAUGUGAGGACAAGAAGUUCAAAUUGGACUGGGAUUUGAAGGGCUGUUUAAUUGCAGUGGCACAUCUAGUCAAACAACCAAUGUUUCCAAGUGAAACAAAAACUGUUUUGCAACUCUUCUUGUCCAAACAAAACCCGAAGAUUGAUCAGUUCAAGCAGGAGAGACAUAAGCUCAUGGUUGCAUUGUUUCAGUGAUUAUUGCAUACCUUAGGUUAUUGUGUUUCUCUGAUGAUAUAUCAUCAAGUGAAUUCUUUUAGGAUGUGACUUCACUUCGAAUUUUAUUACAUAUGUGAAAUUAUUCCUGCUAAAUAAAUGCAGUUAUAAUGCCAAAAUCAAAUUGAACUAUAUUAUUUUUUUUUUAUUUGAGGGAGUUCCCUAUUUAUGUAAGGUGUCAAAUGUGCAGUGUUUGUCAUUCAUUGGAAAAUAUGACAGUCUUUAUUGAAGAAAAAAGAAACUAGAUGUCUUAAGAAAUAGAAUGGAAUUCGUCUGUUGAAAGAGAUAGUGGGAAUGAGAUUUGCUAGUGAACCUGUUGGUAAUCAGAAAUAUGCAUAGAUAGUUUAGAUAAAAAGUAAAGUUAGUUUGUUGCUGUGAUCAGGGAGUCUUAAGUAAUUUAAUGAAUAUCAAAAAAUUAUUCAAGUAAAAUUUGAAAUAAACAGUAAAAGUUUAUUAAUAUGAAGUAAUGAAAGCUAUAGGAAAGCAAAGUAAAUGACUAAACUAAAUUGUAAUGACAAGAGAAGAUUAGCAAAGCAGAAUGGAACAACACAGCUAUGUAAACAAUUUAUUAUACCUUCAGCCAACAUGCAUGCUGUUCCACAAGAAAAGGGCAAAGUAGGCAUAUGUGUACUAUGAAUAUGGGGAGACCAGAAUGUAUGACUACAGGUUUGUGAUAAAUUGAAGGAAUGUAUGAUUACAUAUUGAAAUAAUAUUAAGUAUUUGUUAUACAAUUUUUUUAUGUUUGCCGACUAAAUUAUUUGGUAAUUGAAAAUAUUGUUAUAUUAAUUCAGUAGAAUUAGUAAGGGUGUUAAAACAAUUUAACUAUCCCUGUGAAUCAGAUUAGUAAAUUGCAUGCCUAAAAGUUAUGUACUGUAUACCAACUAGUAUUAUGGAGUGAAAAUGCAGCUUCAAGAAAGACUUCAUAGUAAAAUUUGUCAUGGCAUAUCUGGUUGGGGUGUACAUAAAUUUUUUGGAAUUAGAGCUGUUGGAAAGAGUAAGAUCACCUAUUGCAUCACUAAAUUUUGUUUAAUGUGGUAUACAGAUAUUGAUUCCAGUUUCACUUAUAUAUUCUUCUUUAGAAAGAAACUGUACAUUAGAUUCUCUUGUUUGUUUUUAAGAUGGCAAUACUUAUUUUUUAUAACAAGGGGGCAUCCACAGAUGUUCCUAUUUAUAACAGAAAUAGACAGUCUUUAUUGAAUGCUUUUAUUGUCAACUGCACAUUUUUUGUAAUUCCUUAUCUUUAGUUUGUAUUCAACUAAUAAUAAGUAGUUACAUUGAAGGAUGAAGCCCUUCCUCCUCUCAGGCAGUCGUGGAAAACUCGCCAGAACAUCCAAUCACAUCCCACAUUUACUCUAAGGAUACGUAUCUUUUUUACUUCCACUGCAAAGCCUUGGAAAUCUCUUGCAUCAUGUGUUUUACCAUUUCUUUUAAUGGGCCCCACUUGUUUCAUCUCCCAAGUUUCCCCUUUUCUCAGGUCAGAGCUAGGUAAUGGGGUAUGAUCCCAUUCCAGUAGCCUUUACAUAAAAAGACAGUACUAUUUAUGAAAUAAUGUUCACAGCUAAGCUGCUUUUGCUACAAUUUAAGUACAGUGACAAAAUGUAAUGCUUUUCUUCAGGAAUUUAAUUGUUAGUUAACUGAGUAAAAAUAUCUAUCCGUACAGAUUGUGGUGACUUUCUGUUGCUUUUAUUGGUAAUAGAGUAGUUUUAAUUUUGACUUUGCCCAAACUCUGGGAAAAAUUUCAGUACCAGAAUUUGAUUUUUUAAUUGAAAUUUUAUCCCCUUUAUUGAAAAUGGUAAAAUUUGGGAAACCUUGCUUAUUUUUAUCAGGUAAGGAAAAAUCGUGCUGAUACACUACAUAUCAAGGAAUUCAAGUACAAACACUUCAGCAACAAAUUUUUUGUCUUGUACAUUUAUGUGUAUACAUGGGAGGAAAAGUGAUUUUAUUUGCUGCAGAAACCUGAUGUGGCAAGUUAAUUUUAUUGCAAAAUUUCCCUGUUUUGCCAUGAUAAAUUGUACUUUUCCUAACAAUCAUGAAUGUUUACAGUGCCUUUGUGGCAAGGAUGUUGCCAUGCUAGUGAUACUGAAGGUGAAAGAUCCUAUUGAGAAAAGAAUAGAUUUCACCUAAUUAGGUAUUGCAUCUGUUAUGAGUACCUGUUAUCUAUUAUGUUCAUGUUUUCUGCUUUGCCAAUAUAAGUUGUGCCAGGCACUUAUUGGAUGUUCUUGAGCAUUCUGAUACACCUUUAUUUAUUAGGAUAAACCAUGAAAAUUUUGUUUGCUGAGAAACCUUCUAAUCAGGAUUUUCUGUGGCAGAGACUUUUCCUAUCUGGUGAACCAUUUACCAGUGAAAUAAAUGUAUGGCAUUGCAUUUCAUCAUCAUAAAAUGUGAUGCAGUAUUGUGUAUUUUUUCUUUUGCUAAUAUUAAUAAAAGUUAGUAAAAGAAAUUGGUAUAAUAUCUUGGCCAUUUUAUCGUUUUAUAUAUCAUUCUGGCUUUUCACAAAAUGCAGAAAAGCUGGUUGUGUUACAGUAAUACAGUAAAAUCACUUAUUUGAGACCCCAGGGUAGAUUAGCCAUUUGUUCCUUGUACAUUUAAAUUUGGAACUCCUUGCCUUCCUCCUGGUCUCUAAAGAGAUAUGAUCCAUCAUAUUACUAUUGUGAUGAACCAGUUUAACAUAAUCACAGAGUAAUGCUUUUAGAUUUGCAGGAUUCACCUGAAUGAUUUGUUCUGAAAUUGAGGUAAAAUGGAAGACAUUGGACAACUCAGUGUGGAGAGAACAAAGGGAAUGAAUGGAAAAUAAAAGUCAAGAGAAAUAUAGCUCUGCAACAAAACAUGGAUGGAAAGGAUCUUUAAUGCCAUUACAAUUAUCAAAAUUAUCAUGAAGUAGUUCAAGUAAAUCAAGUAGUAGUCAGAGAUUUGUUGCAGGUUUAAGAUAUUUCUAAUGAGCUCAAGUUGGAGCUUAAGUGUUGUCCCUAUUUUCAAAUUGGAGAAAAGUAGAUUUCCUCAAAGUACUGUAAUUACUCAAAUAUUUUUUUUCCUGCCUAAUUUUUAUUGUACCAUAUCCAAUUGGCAAUAGUGGUAUAAACCAGUUCUAUGAUACUCAUGCAGUUUUCCCCCAUUCUUUAGAUUUUGUAUUGUACAGUUAAAUGGCUCACAUAACUAGUUUAAUUUUUUACUUUUUUACAAAGUUUUGAAGACUUAUUUUGUAGUGAUACUGUACUUGAUUAAUUUGUUGAUGUUACUUGAGUAUGAAAACAGUUACUGUACUUAAUCCAGUUUAUCAUCAUCAUCUGCAACCUUGGUAGUUUGCAAACAGAAGAUUUUCUGAAAUUUGUGGUGGAGGAUCACUAUGAAAAAGUAAGUACAAUGGAAUACAACUUAUAUGAUCGCUGGAAGGCUUGUUUUAGUGGAGAAACUUACAUUAAAUUGACCACAGAUUAUGAUGUUGCAUUUGCCAAUAAGAAGUGUGUGUAGUCACCUUAUGAGGAGAGGGUAUAUAUAGCAAAGAGAUUGGAAACAGAAUGAGUUUUUAAAAAAACAAGGUAUGGCACCCUGGGGGGUUGAAGAUGAAGGAUUUAUAUAAGACAUAGUUUUUUAGUGUUCUGACAAACCUCUUUAUAGAGAUAUGAAGUUACUGAUGAUUUGGGAGUUUCAUCCACAGUGGAUUUGUUGUAGAUUCAUUAAUUUAAAACAAAUGUGCCAAUGAUUAGGUUUUUCACUUGAGCCACCCUGCAUUGUGAUGUGACUGAUGAUUUUAAAGAAACAAUAGUUCAAUUAAAAUAAAACAAGUAAGUCCUUA